CGGCUGGCAAGCGACCUCUGCCCAGCCAUUCUUGAAACAAACUUGCUGGGCCGGCCCUGAGGUGAACUCAACCUGAUCUGGGCUCCGAGGAGCUUGUUAAUCAUCACCAAGCACCUCCAUAUUCUUCCCUGUCUUUCUCCCUUCAACUUGACUGCUCACCGCCACGGCGCCCUUGAGACGGUUGGGCUUGUUUGAGGCUCUCAAUCGUGGGCAAAGAUGUCCAACCUCUUUUCGGGAAUCAACGCCCGCUUGAGGGGAGCCUCGAGUAAGCAGGGCAGCGGCAAGAGCCCGGUAUCCCCCACCUCCGAUGAUGGCCGCCUCAACUCGCCUCGCGGGCUUUCCCAGAGAAGCAAGUCAUCAAGCAAUCUGCGGUCCCAACCACCAUCCCUGCCAGAUUCACCAUCACCGUCUCUGGCCCUCAGCGCCACGGCCACUGGCGACGAGAUCUUGAACUCAUACCGCCUCCCGAAACCGCUCCCGAUGUGGCUGAACCCUGCGUACGCUAAGCACAUCGUCAAAGGCAACUUCAUGACUCUCAGUAGCAGACCGAAAACGGUUGAGUUGGGUGAAUGGAUUGCUCAUCAAGUGGUUGAGCAUUAUCGCAACCUCUGGACCUUUGUCCAGGUCAUUUGCGCCAAGGAGGCGGACGGGAAGAGCAUCUGCAAUGCUACGACCUGCCCCCGGAUGUCCGCUGGACCGAACCAAUCGUAUACGUGGCUCAAUAAGAACUUCGAGCCAACCGAGGUGGCGGCGGUAGAUUACAUUGCGCUGAUGCAGCGGUGGAUAUCAGCCAAGAUCGAUGAUCUCUCCAUCUUCCCAACAGAUCCCGCCGGCGUCUCGUUCGCACACAACCCCAGCAUCGCCAACACGGCCCUGCUCAGCGGCCCUGAUGAGUGGAUCGGCAAGCGGAGUGGGUUUCCCAAACAGUUCGCUGGUACCUGCCAGGGCAUCUUUCUUCAAAUGUUCCGCGUCUACGUCCACCUCUACUGGGCGCACUUUGUGGAACCCUUCUACCACCUCAAUUUGGAGAAGCAGCUCAACAGCUGCUUCAGCCACUUUUUGCUGACCGCCACGGCGCUGGACAUGCUGAAGCCGAAGGACUUGGAGCCGAUGCAGGCCCUGAUCGACCUGUGGGCUGCUAAUGGCACGUUCCCACCGGAGUCCAAGGCGUACGCAUAUGCCAACCUGAAGGUGGGAAAGCGGUUGCUGGAGAUGGCGGGUUUGGCCUGAAGGUCGUGAUUUAUUUAUUAUCGGUUCUUGGCUCUGGCGUGCAUCGCAUU